AUGUUUGCUGAGCGCAUUCCACGAUUUUGGACAAAUAAAAAAUCAGAAGCCGCGAUAAUAUGUCGACAUCGGGGUGUAUUUAAAGGACGGAUGAUGCACAUGGGGAAAUUGCACCCACAGAACAACUGCAGUGCUGCAGAAUGUUUCUCAGCUUUCUCGCAGGCCACGUGCAUUGUCAGAAACGAGGCGUGCGACAUCCCAACUCUGGACGGGCUGGCAAAAGCCCCGUCUUCCGAUGUGGAGACUACAUUUGGCAGUUUGGAAGCUUCUGCCAUCGACGGUGAGCGGCACAGCGUGAGCUGCCGAUGGAGGUCCCACCCGUCGGACUGCAACGCCCAAGCAGAGUGCGCUUUCGUGCCUCUUGGAGGGGCGAAUGACUACACCCUGCUGGUGCAGCACGUGAAGGGCGCUGGGCCGUCAAAUGCGACGGCUGCUUGCGAGCGCUGGGGCAAAUGUGGCGACACUUGUGGUGAAAGCUGCGCCUCGUGCAAGGAUUGUCUGAAUAUGGCCACUGCCAUAUCAUCGAUCAUGUGGGAGAAUGGAAAGUACAGGGAGGACAGCACUGAUUUGAUAAGGGAAGAACUCCAGGGGCAGAGCGACAAACUGGGGUACACCGCCGACGAGGGAGAACCCACUGUGGGCGUUUGCGCAUCCAUAGAGGAGUCCUUUUGUAUGUCUUCACCAGAGGGCCAAUGCGAUGCAGAAAAGUGCCAACUGAAGGACACAUGCGUUCCCCCCGCUGGACUGAAGGAGCUGUGCAGCCACGAGGGAGACACCGACCUGCGCACAUCGACGCCAGACAGAGUGGCCCAUUUGUGCAGAACCUGGAACACGUGCUCUGGCAUGAGCGGCGACCUGUCGCCGGAGGACACUUGUACAGGACUCGGGAUAUGCGACGCGAAGGGGGGCUCCUCGCCCAUGUGCUCCGCGUGCAAGACGGCCGUGGCUGUGACUCUCAACCAGACAAGCUCACACUGCAAUGAAUCGGGGGGGGACGAGACCCAAACCGACAGCGGAGCAUGCGCUGUGGACCCCAGCAGCUGCGUCCACAGAAUAGGGGGAAUCUUCGACCUGCAGGCCACUUGUCAGAAGUGGAGGCAGGCACACGGAAUGCUGUCUGAAAAGGGUGGAGGGGAUUUUUGUGAUGUAAUUGGUGCGUUUUGGUAA